ACGGCCGUCGGAAAGAGAGGUGCUUGAUCACGUGACCGCUGUUUAUCGUCCCUGUGUUGGAUGCAUAUCGCUUUUUUUCUAGUCUCCGGCGCGACAGUAUAACUCCUCAAAAAACACCAAUUUCCCCUGAUUUCAGAUUUCCAGGUCCCGUAACGCCAUGUCAGACAUUGUCCCUCCAGAGGUGAGACCCAAGCCAGCUGUUCCUGCCAAGCCUCCAAAUGUUGGGGGUCCCUCCCCCUCCAGCCCCUUCCCACCCCAGGGUUUAGGCAUGGGAGGAGGUCCCCCUCCAAGUGCCAUUCCAGUCCCCAUUGGGAGUCAUGGUCCAGCACACAGCAGCAGUCUUAAUGUGGGGCAUGGCACAGGCCACACUGGGGGUCAAGCUGCAGCUCACAGUGGAGGUCACGGACAUGCCGGCACUCACAGUGGCGGAUCCACCCUACUGGGGUACAUUGGUAUUGACACCAUCAUUGAGCAGAUGAGGAAGAAGACUAUGAAAACUGGCUUUGACUUUAAUAUCAUGGUUGUAGGUCACAGCGGGCUGGGAAAGUCAACUCUGGUGAACACACUGUUCAAAUCUCAGGUGAGCAGGAGGAGCGCAGGGUGGAGCCGUGAUGAGAAGAUCCCCAAAACUGUGGAGAUCAAAUUAGUGUCUCAUGUCAUUGAGGAGGGGGGUGUGAAGAUGAAGCUCACAAUUGUUGACACUCCAGGCUUUGGGGAUCAAAUCAACAAUGACAGCUGCUGGGAACCCAUAUCCAAGUACAUCAAUGAGCAGUAUGAGAAGUUCCUCAAGGAGGAGGUCAACAUCACCAGAAAGAAGCGAAUCCCUGACACCAGGGUGCAUUGCUGCCUCUAUUUCAUCUCCCCAACGGGACACUCCCUGCGGCAACUUGACAUUGAAUUCAUGAAGCGCUUGAGUCACUCGGUCAACAUUAUCCCCAUCAUCGCUAAAGCGGACACAAUGACUAUUGAGGAGAGGCAGGAGUUCAAACAGCGGGUAAGGAAGGAGCUGGAGAUGAGCAGCAUCGAGUUCUACCCCCAGAAAGAGUUUGACGAGGACAUGGAGGACAAAAGCGACAAUGACAAGAUCAGAGAGGCCAUGCCCUUCGCUGUCGUGGGCAGUGACAAAGAAUAUCAAGUGAAUGGAAAGCGAGUUCUGGGGAGGAAGACGGCGUGGGGAGUUGUAGAAGUUGAAAACCAAAACCACUGUGAGUUUGCUCAGUUGAGAGAUUUUCUGAUCAGAUCUCACCUCCAGGACUUGAAGGAGGUCACUCACAACAUUCACUAUGAAACCUACCGCGCCAAGAGACUGCAUGAGAAUGGCGGUCUGCACCCCAUCUCCUCCAACAACACCCAAGAAAGCAACCUGUAGUCCUUCAGACAGAAACA